UUUCUAGUGUUUACGGCCGACGCUCCUUUUUGGUAAUGUCCACAGCAAAGCAGAUAAUAAUCAGCAGCGGGGCGAAAUGAUUUGCCUCAAUCCUCUUAUUGCACUAAACGUAAAUAUAGCUUCGUCAGACUCAUGUGAGAUGCCAUAUAGCUAGUCAUAUUGCUCACCGCGGCAGCUAACUAACCGUUGAAUCUGAAUUCUGUUUCAGAGUGAAGAGGAGAUGUCUAGCAGCACCCAGCUGAACAUCCGGCAGUGGACCACCAAGCACAUAGCCAAGUGGCUGAAGGACGAGGGCUUCUGCCACUAUGUAGACCUACUGUGCAACAAGCACCGUCUGGACGGCAUGUCCUUACUCACCCUCAGCGAGUACGACCUACGCUCUCCCCCAUUGGAGCUCAAGGUGCUGGGGGACAUCAAGAGGCUGAUGGUGUCCCUCCGCAAGCUGCAGAAACAAAACCUGGACAUCCUGGAGGAGCUGGGGGUCCCGUUCGACGGACACUCCCCUCAGGGCGGCGGAGGUGGUGGCGGCGGUGGGGACUGGCACUGCAAUGGAGACUCCAGUAGAGAGUGUGAUAACUCUAACACCGAUACUGCACCGGUUGGAGAGCAGUAUCAUCAGUAUACGAAUGGGAAGUACAAGCAUGGAGGGAGCAGGAGGCUGGACCCUGAGUACUGGAAGACGGUGCUUAGUGCCAUCUAUGUUGUGUUCGUGUUCGGAUUUACCUCCUUCGUCAUGGUGAUCGUGCACGAGAGGGUGCCGGACAUGCGCACCUACCCGCCCUUGCCAGACAUUUUCUUAGACAGUGUACCUAGAAUACCAUGGGCCUUUGCCAUGGCAGAGGCAUGUGGCGUGAUCCUGUGUAAUAUCUGGCUGCUAGUUCUGCUGCUGCACAAGCACAGGUCUGUUCUGCUGCGGCGCCUGUGCAGCCUCAUGGGGACAGUGUUCAUGCUGCGUUGCAUCACCAUGUUCGUCACCUCCCUGUCAGUGCCAGGACAGCACCUGCAGUGCUCAGGAAAGAUUUAUGGUGAUAUGUGGGCCAAACUGCAUCGAGCUCUGGCCAUCUGGAGUGGAUUUGGAAUGUCUCUCACAGGUGUCCACACAUGUGGUGACUACAUGUUCAGCGGUCACACAGUGGUCAUCACCAUGCUCAACUUCUUUGUGACAGAAUACACACCGAGGGGUUGGAACUUCAUCCACACCUUAUCCUGGGUCCUUAACUUGUUUGGGAUCUUCUUUAUCCUGGCAGCCCAUGAACACUACUCCAUUGACGUCUUCAUAGCCUUCUACAUCACCACCAGGCUGUUCCUGUACUACCACACGCUGGCUAACACCAGGGCGUACCAGCAGAGUCGCAGGGCCCGCAUCUGGUUCCCCAUGUUCUCCUUCUUCGAAUGCAACGUCAACGGCCCCGUGCCCAACGAGUACGGCUGGCCCUUCUCUAAACCCGCCAUGAUCAGGAGGUUGAUUGGGUACUAGGUGGUAGAGGACACCGGUCCGCGAUGCAGCCACAAGGACAUUGAUCUCAUCUAAUAGACACUACUGUUGACUGAGCCCUGGCGUGCUAUUUUUGCUACUGCCCUCUGAAAGAAGUUGCUAACUGUGGUUAUGUGAUAUCGACUUCAUAUUCCAAUAUCUACAAGAGAACUGAGAUGGCUUGUGGGAUCCUAUUGGUGCCAUGGUGUGACCGGGUACAGACUGAGAGAGGGAUUAAAGGAAGGCUUGCGUCUAAAAUGGCACCCUAUUCCUCAUGUAAUGCACUACUUUUGACCAGGGCCCCAUAAGGCUCUGAUCAAAAGUGGUGCACUACAUAGGGAAUAGGUUGCCAUUUGGGAAGCAUCCUAAGGACUCAUCCUGUCCUCUAAACUUCCUCUCUUCAUUUGAAAAGGGAUUUGUUUUUUUGAAGAAAUUUCCCACAACUUUUGCCACAAGAUCAAUAAUCUGGUUACGGAUAUAUAUGUGCUUUAGUCAAUGCCUCUUCUGUUGUUAUGGUAUACAAUCUGUUAAUGGCAUGACAACAAACUCGACAGAGGAGUUAGUCAAUUCCUCAUCUGUUGUUAUGGUAUACAAUCUGUUAAUGGCAUGACAACAAACUCGACAGAGGAGUUAGUCAAUUCCUCAUCUGUUGUUAUGGUAUACAAUCUGUUAAUGGCAUGACAACAAACUUGACAGAGGAGUUAGUCAAUUCCUCAUCUGUUGUUAUGGUAUACAAUCUGUUAAUGGCAUGACAACAAACUCUACAGAGGAGUUGACUAAAGCACAAACUGACCUGCUACUACCAGGCUAGCAUUUCAAUGCUUAAGGUCUCAGACACACGACUAGGGUUUGCUGCCCGGGAGUACUUAGCACCUCUGAACAUAAUUUGCAAACCGAGUGCGCACCGAUUUUACAUGUAAAAUCGUGUGUAAAAUGUGAAUGAUCGGCAGACGAACACUAGAUGCACAUUCGUUGCGACGUGUGCGAGCCUUAAAAGCUCUUAACUUGCAACCUGAUAGAAAAUUGGGGGUAAUAGCAAGCUAGAGGUUUGGGAAAACAUGAAAGCAGAAUUCUCAGGCAGCCUAUUGUAACCAAACACCUUAUUUUUAAGUCAGUAGAGUUUGUUGAAAUCAAAAAUUCAACAGUGUUAUAGUGAAAUAGGCUCUUGUGUGUUCACUAGAUAUCCUGAGAAAUUAGGGCACUUUUCAUGAUAUUAUUGACAUGUUUCUUUCAAUGUUUUAUCUGGACUCUAGUUCUAAUACAAGUAUGGACCACCUUAAAGGCAAUAUCAAAACGUCACAGAUGAUACUGUUGCUGAAUUUAUGUAUAGCAAUAUCAUAAUUCAAGAUGUUGUGACGGGUCUUGUUACUUGUCUGACAUUGUUUCUUUAGGUAGUGUGUAAAGCUUCUGCAUUCCUUAAGACACUACUGUGGUUUUGACAGUAUUACUAGAACGCUGAAUUAGUCAUUCAUGGCUCAUUUUGAAAUGAACUGUUUUGGUUUUCUUUAUAAUAUUUGUAUUGUUCAGUUAUUAUCCUGCCUUGUCCUAACUAGACGUUACCGUAACCAGGGCCUUUACUAAGGAGAUUGCAAAAAGCAGCCAAAACUAUGGAAUGGAAAAUGGUGAACAAUUGUUUUAAAUACCAUUCCAUUUGCCAAUAGCUUUAGUUGUUAUAGUAACAUUGUCUUUGUAGGAAAUGCAUAUCUCAAAUGUUGAAUAUUGUUGAGUUGUAUACUAGCUUGUAAAAUAGUAAUUUAGUAAUUGACCAAGCUUCACGAUAAUAAGAAUAACAUACAAGGAUAUCAAUCCCUACAAAAUAAUUGAAAGAAAUCGUAUUUUUUUAACUUCUUCCACAGAUCCUUUGGACUUCAUUUUGACUGCAUCUUAAUUUAUUUCAUUUGGUAUAUGUAAAUAGCAUUUUUUUUUAUAUAUUUGAUGUACAAAAAGGUUAUUGCAACAUGCACUUAAACCGCAAUAUGUUUACAGUUGUGCGGAACUAUAUUUGUUUGAAACACAAUGUGCUUUUAUGUAUAGGGUUGAUUUCAGAAUCACCCUUUCACCGAAAUCAUUGAAAACAAAUGCAGACCAACACAAAGUCCCCCACAGUAACUCAAAUCAGAUCUGAAACUGCCAUUGAUGGUAUUGGUUACAACCCACUUAGCACAUAUUUGUAAAACAAUAAAGUAUUACUUCCCACUGGGCACAGACUUUUUCCAUGGUGAUUCAACAUCAUCACAUUAAAUGUUUUUGUUGAAAUGGCGUAAAAACAAUGUAUCAACCAGUUUGUGUCCAGUGGGUUAUGUCCUAUAUCCAUCCCAUCAUGUUUAUUUUAAUUUUAUUUCAGCUGUGGAAUAGUUACUAGUACUACUAGGCCUAGUUCAUAACCCCUACUGGUUAUGUGUCUUUAUUACCUUUUCCCCCCACCUUUCUUAUAAUUCCAACUAGUUCCUAGUGCAUAAAUCUUUUGGUUUGAGAAAUGCCAGCUCAUGUGCUAGCUAGCUAGCUAGCAAACUACAAAUCGAUCAUUUUCUGCUAAUAUGUUAGAUACAUACUUAUGAAUGAUGGCUUUUCUCUCAUUCAUUUGUUCUUAGUUGUCACUUUUAACCCCCUCUAAUAAAAUGUUACUAAUCCUUAUCACUGGUGUGGUUAUAGCGGUAUGUUACUUAUCUUCAAGAUACAGUAAUUGACUACCAAUGUAAUGAAAAUGUAGCAAUAACAGCCAGUGUGGUUGUUUUGGGUUAAUCGAUAAUGCCCUGCAAAUGACAAGUGUCUUUACCAUCAUUAAAUAUGUUGGCUUCUAUUUUUCUCA